AUGGCGUCGGUGCAGCUCUGCGGUGCCGCGGCCGUCGGCGCGGCGGGGUUCGCCGGGAAGGGGGCGGCCGCCGUCGAGCCUCGGCGCGUCGCCGCGCCGGCGGCCCGGCGGGGGGCGCUCCGCGGGCUCGUCGCCAGGGCCGCCACCGUCGUCGCCCCCAAGUACACGACGGUCAAGCCCUUGGCUGACAGAGUGCUUCUGAAGACCAAGACUGCCGAGCAGAAGACGACCGGUGGGAUUCUGCUUCCUUCAACUGCUCAGUCUAAACCUCAGAGUGGUGAGGUGGUUUCUGUUGGAGAGGGAAGAACCAUUGGGGAUAGCAAAGUAGAAGUCGGCAUUAAGGUUGGGGCUCAGGUUGUAUAUUCGAAGUAUGCUGGAAUGGAGGUGGAGUUGAAUGAUUCCAACCAUCUGAUCCUAAAAGAGGACGAUAUCAUAGGUAUUCUGGAGACAGAGGAUGUGAAAGACAUGAAGCCUCUUAGCGACCGUGUUCUUAUCAAGGUAGCUGUAGCUGAAGAUAAAACUGCUGGGGGCCUGCUGCUGACUAACAGUGUCCAGGAGAAGCCAUCUGUUGGAACGGUGGUCGCUGUCGGCCCGGGCUAUCUGGACGAGGAAGGCAAGAGGAUCCCGUUGCCGGUAUCCACAGGCAAUUCCGUUCUGUACUCCAAGUAUGCUGGCGCUGAGUUCAAGGGUGCUGAUGGUACAAACUACAUUGUGCUGAGGGUAUCUGACCUGAUGGCUAUCCUCUCUUGA